GCCGGAAUAGAGCUGGCAGUGGAAAAGAUCAGAGUUCAAGCGAUAAGUUAAUCUUGACAUAAGUGACAUCAAAUUCAAAUACAACAGCCUCUAGGAAAUCCCCAAGCGCCGUCUUCGAGAUGGUUUGGAAGGUUCGAUGCGGCACGAGAGUUCUUGACGGCAAACUGAACAAUGAGACGGUGGUCGUCGCCCUUGCCUGUAUGUGUUGAUCGUGUUCAUGCAAUGCUAGUAGUCUCCAUGUCAAAUGCAAACUUAUUCCUCGAAAAGUUAACUGUUUCUCAUAAUGAUAUGACGGCAGGUGAAGGAUAUGGUAGUUGGUGCACUUGCAAUGGAAUCACCAAGUCUCGUAGUGUUUGCAUUACCGGUCGAUCACACCGGAUUACCAGACUACCUCGUAUCAUCCCAAUCGUGACAUGCGGUUUAUUGUGUCGCCCGCAUGGAGGGGCUGCUCACAACCGGUCCCCAUCUACUGGGAUCAAGCAUCGCGGGGAAUUCGGAAGAUGAUUCCAGCCCCCUCAUGGCGAGCUACUUAAUGAAGUAGAUAUGAUCUGUGAUGCGGAAGAACGAGGUCAAGGCGGCAGCCGGCAAGGCAGCUAGGACAUUGCCGUCACAAUCAAGGUAGCUUCGCCGAGGCUCAAAGAAACAAGGUUAAUAUGAUGUCGAUAAAUCCAGACUGCCGUACUGGAUCACAGCAAUGAAGUGAUGCAGAGCCACAGAGUUU